AUGUCUAUGUCUAUCCACAUCUACAAGUCACAAAUCGACAUGGCGCGACCUCUGGAUACAUACGACUUACUCUCGUUUGACUGCUACGGCACCCUCGUCGACUGGGAGAGCGGGAUAUUCCAAGGCUUAAAACCAUUAAUUGAUCGCUUAGGCAAUCAAAAUUCAUUGAGAGAUGACAAGAUUACAAUCUUGCGGCGUUAUAUGUAUCACGAGGGUCGCGUUCAGAAAGCUUUCCCAACCCUGAAAUACGCAUCUAUAUUAUCCAAGGUAUAUGAAGAGUUGGCGUCUGAGUGGGGACUCAGGGAAACAGUCACCGACAAGGAGAGUGCAGCUUUUGGAGCCAGUAUUGGGUCCUGGUCGGUAUUUCCCGACACUCUCGCAGCACUGCUCGAACUUCAGAAACAUUUCAAGCUGGUCAUCUUAUCCAAUGUUGACAAAGAAUCAUUCAGCAAGACGCUUGCUGGUCCGCUUGCUGGUUUCAAAUUCGAUGCCAUCUACAUUGCCGAAGAAAUCGGGUCCUACAAGCCAGAUUUAAACAACUUUCAGUAUCUCGUACAACAUUGCGAAAAGGGCCUUCAAGUUCCGAAGGAGAAGAUAUUACAUACCGCAUACGCUUUGAUUCAUGACCUGACUCCAGCCCACAAGUUAGGGCUGAGUACUUGCUGGAUAGAGAGAAAACCGAAUGCGAUGGGCGGGGAAUUAUCACAAGUCCAGGGUCAGCUAUCACUAGACUUUCGGUUCAGAUCAAUGGGAGAUAUGGCGGAUGCAAUCCGCAGUCUUUAA